AUGGGGAUCAGGCAUCAGUCCAGCGGGCGUCAUGGGGAUCAGGCAUCAGUCCAGCGGGCAUCAUGGGCCCCUGACAGAAGCCAAGCUGACCUUGCAGAACCUGCAUCUGGAUCAGAUGCAGCAAGCUCAGUCAACCAACUCAAGGAGAGGCAGUGGGUGGAAAACCUGCUGAAGGGGCAGUUAGACUCGAAGAAGAAGAAUGUGGAGGAGAUGGAGGCAGAGGUGAAGAAACUGACGGAAGAGGAGGGGAAGAAGAAGACUGAGGUCGAGGCCUGCCAGGCAGAGAAGAAACAAAAGGAGGAAGUACUUGCACCCAUACAAAAGGAGCAGAGUGAUAUUGAAGUGACGUUCAAAACUGAAAAGGAGGCUUGGACUGGGGAGAUCACCACACUCAAACAGCAGUUGGAGCAGAGGAGCAAAGUGUGUGGUUUUGUAAAGGACUCAACAGAUACAGCGAAAUUAUGUCCACCCAAAGAAGGAGCAGCAAAAGCUGAAGCGGCCCCUGUAAAAGCUGAAGCGGCCCCUGUAAAAGCUGAAGCGGCCCCUGUAAAAGCUGAAGUGGCCCCUGUAAAAGCUGAAGCGGCCCCUGUAAAAGCUGAAGCUGCCCCUCUAAAAGCUGAAGCGGCCCCUGUAAAAGCUGAAGCGGCCCUUGUAAAAGCUGAAGCGGCCCCUGUAAAAGCUGAAGCGGCCCCUGUAAAAGCUGAAGCGGCCCCUGUAAAAGCUGAAUAGGCCGCUGUACAAGGUGAACCUGCAUCUGUAAAAGUUGAAGCAGCCGCUGUUUAAAGCUGAAGAGGUCACUGCACAAGCUGAAGCCGACCCUGCUCCAAAGCGCUAAACGGCUAAAAUUCUCUCAGAAUAACAUUAAUAGUGUGUAGUCUUUCAUUCAUGAUGCACAGUCAUAUAUAUGUAUUUUGUUUGUGGGUAAUCUUGGCAACCCAGAAACGAAAAUCUAAUAAAAAAAAAAACACAAUUUAUGUAAUUUAGUCUGUCCACAAGAGAUUAGGUUGUGGGCAUUGUCAAUGUGUCAUUUUGGCACACUUCUAGAAGCCUAAGAAACAUUUCCAAACUGGCAGUAACUACAGUGCAAAAGAAACAGAAAUUACAUUUUAUUUAUUUUAUUUCACCUUUAUUUAACCAGGUAAACUAGUUGAGAACAAGUUCUCAUUUGCAACUGCGACCUGGCCAAGAUAAAGCAUAGCAGUUCGACACAUAUCAAACCACUCAACCAAAUUUAAGGUUUCAGAUGAGCUGUCAUUCCAAUUCGUCCCUUACACAUUGUAAAAUUAAUGAUACACUCUACCAACCACAUUGGACUUAAAUUGGUACAGCAUUCUCACUCACGGAUGCAACAAAUAGAGCCUCUUACAAGGCACGUCUCAAAAUAUGUUAAUGAGACAGAAACAACAAUUCCAUGCACCCAUUAGUGGUCAAAAGUUUUUGGCGGACCAAAGAUACGGUGACAUUAUGCAUUACAAUAGUAAUUAUAUUUAUGUUGUAAAUUGCUGUUUUUUAAUACUAUAGAUAUGGAUAACAUGGGUUAGGCCUAUCAAAACAUGCACCACCUACACACGCAGCAACGAGAAUGGCAUUUCAUCUAAAUAUACAUUUUCAAUCAUUUACCACCCGUUAGAGCGGGGUACCACCAGUAUAAUAUAAUGUAGCGACCCGCACAGACAGCUGUGUGUUAUGUGUUAGGCUAGGAGGUGGUUGGUUGUGUUGUACUGACCAGUACCCGGUGUUCGCGGGGUCCGACCUGUCAAUCAACCUGCUAUCUGACAAUCACGGGAAUGCCUGGAAUGUUCUGAUGCCGGGCAUCCUGGUGGUUGGCGGAGUGGCGUGGAGGGGGGUUGGGCAGGGGGGUGGAGCAUUGGAAGUUAAGACCAGGUUCAGCCUUUGUUCUCUCUCUCUUACGUCUGGGUUUCACAAGAGAAGGUCACGAUUGGCUUGUGGGUUAUCUGUCAUCUAUUUGGCGUGUGCUAUGGCCCAAACAGUAGCCUGUGUAAAGUUGGUGUAAUAAACCGUCAAUUCGUAAACUCAAGCCUCUGUCUGGACAAUUGUUCAUUUAUGAUCUAGUCAGGUCAUUACAAUAAUGUAGGCUAUUUCACAGAACAGACCAAGUGGAUACUAAAUAAGGUGCCAUUCAAUGCAACUUCAUAUUUUUUUGACAGGGCAGGAUUAGAUUUUCGUCACCUGCGAAAGGCAUUGUCAUUUUCAGAAUGCGGUUGGGUCGCUCCCGCUCAUUAACCUUACAGCAGGGUAGUAAUGUCAUUAUGACUCACAGACAUUCUUCAAGGGAUAAUCCACCCAGGACCACUAAUUAUUAUGAUUGAC